CUCUUGCUCAAAGAAAAAAAAGAAAGAAAAAGAAAAAAUAUAUGAAUAAAUAAAAUAAUGAACUUUUAUAAACAGGCUGCAGCAAUAUUAGACAGGCUUGGAAAGAAGGAGGGGUCUAUCAAAGGUUUAACUCUUGGAAAUGCCGAAGUGACGGAUAAGAAGCGUAUGUAUGCACUUAUCUGUGAGACGCUGAAGCAUAAUGCAACACUCUCACUAGUGCUACAAGAGUCCAAGUUAUUGUCAUUAGAAAAGAAAUUGAAUCGAUCACUGGCAUUACUGCUCUUGCAUGACUUGCUGCUUCAAAAUCGAGGCAUUCAGGCAUCGGAUGCAUGGCCCAUGAAACAAGCUGUCAUGAAGCAUAAAACCCGCCUGAAGGCCGAGUUUGUUAAGGCAAAAAUCAAAAUUGGCGCUACAAAGGAUGGGCUGGUUGAAGGCGAGGAAGAAAUCUUGAUGCCACGAUAUGUUCGAGUGAACCUUCUGAAGAUGACGCCAAAACAGGUUAUCGAUACCUUUAUUGCCGACAACUGGACUUUCCUACCAGCAGCGCCAUCACCGCCAGCACCUCCUGCCCCUAAUACAUUCUACAGGGACGAGCAUUUGGAUUUUAUGUUAGUGUUCCCUCCAAAAUCUGAUCUUCAUCUUCAUCCCCUCUAUGUCUCGGGAGUAUUAAUAUUGCAGGACAAAGCAUCGUGUUUCCCAGCAGCGAUUUUGGCUCCACCUAAGGAUGCAUAUGUUAUUGAUGGAUGUGCAGCACCCGGCAAUAAAACUAGUCAGCUAGCUAUGAGUAUGGGAAAUGGAGGCAAGAUCAUUGCUUGUGAUCUUGAUCUUCGACGAUUGAAUAUUCUGAAGCGUUUGACCACAAAGGCAGGGUGCACAAACAUCACUGCGCUUAAUACCUCAUUUCUAACCUUGGAUACUUCGGAGCCGGAUUAUACCAAGGUGACACACAUUUUAUUGGACCCUUCAUGUUCAGGAUCAGGGAUUAUCAAUCGAUUAGACCAUCUAGUAGAUGCGUACGCAGAGGAACAGGAGCAGGCGAUAAUCCUUGAGACUACAACCACAGGAGGGGCUGCAGAGCGUGCUGCAGCAGAAGAGAAGAAAAAGGAACGACUCAAGUCGUUAGGAGAGUUUCAAAUCGAAUGUGUCGCCAAGGCCAUGACAUUUCCUAAUGUUCGCAAAAUCAGUUAUUCAACAUGCUCAAUAUAUGCGGAGGAAAAUGAGCAUGUAGUGACGGAGCUCUUAAGAAGGUAUUGGCCUAAAUGGAAGUUGUCACCACGAGCGAAGGUGCUGCCAACGUGGCACCGACGGGGCUACGCUCUAGAUGUGGGUGAUGUUCCAGGCUUAGUAUCAACAGAUGAGGAUAGAGCCAAGGUAGCAGAUUGUUUAGUUCGUGCUGUUCCGGGAGGACCAGACGGAGAUCUGAUGAAUGGCUUCUUUGUAGCAUGUUUUGAACGUGUGGGCGAAAAAGAUAACUCAGGAUUGGCUCCGCUAUGGAAAGAGUCAAAUAUCGAAGGUAGAAAACGAACACGUGAAGAGAUGGCCGCAAUAGGUGAUGAUGACUCAAGAGCUGCUACGGCAAUAAAAAAGAAAAAGAACAAGAACAAGAAGAAGAAAAAGAAAAAAACUACAGGAGUUGUCGCUAACCAUCAAACUGAAACAGGGGAAAUAGAGGCCAAAGUAGUAGAGCAUGAAGAGGAAGAGGAAGAUGACGAAGUGGAAGAGGACAGUUGAAAAUGAAAU